UUGCUCCUCCCUCUCCCUCCCUCUCUCCCUCCGCGGCUUGUCCGGAGGUCUGUGGCUGCUGGCCGCGCGCGGUGUUUGGGAGAGCGCGAGGGAGAUGCUGCAGUGAGGCUGACGGAGGCACACGACAGAGGGCAAAGACUCUGGGCUGACUGACACCGGCAUCCGCGGCGCCUACAAGCUGACUGUUUCCAGACCCGUGCGGCGGCACUCAUAACACAAACAGCAGAUGAUGCAGACCCACAAGCUCCCUGGCCCUGCUGUCUGCCUGUGUACGUUGGUGCUGCUCUGUAUGGGCACCGUGUCCGAGCCCUACACACCCCCCUACCCCGACAGGGACCCGGAACGAUACGACUACAGGGCAAGCCACCACCCCAGGGACUUCCACAGAGACACCAGCGGGGGAAGAAGACCAGAGUGUCGGCGUUGCUGUGACCCGGAGGAAGAAGGUCCCACGUAUCCAUAUCCCCUCCCACAAUACCAGGUCGUACCGCAAAUAAACAUCACUAUACUGAAAGGUGAGAAAGGGGAUAGCGGAGAGCGAGGGCCCUAUGGGAAGUCAGGAAAAUUGGGGAAGAUGGGGCUGCGAGGCCCACACGGGAUGAAGGGCACCAAGGGCAACAUGGGGCCCCCGGGGGACCCCUGCAAGACCUACUACUCCGCCUUCUCAGUGGGGCGCAAGAAGGCCCUGCACAGCAAUGACUACUACCAGACGCUGGUCUUCGACAGGGAGUUCGUCAACCUGUACAACCACUUCAACAUGUUCACCGGCAAGUUCUACUGCUACGUGCCCGGUAUCUACUUCUUCAGCCUCAACGUGCACACCUGGAACCAGAAGGAGACGUACAUGCACGUGAUGAAGAACGAGGAGGAGAUGGCCAUCCUGUACGCCCAGCCCAGCGACCGCAGCAUCAUGCAGAGCCAGAGCUUCAUGCUGGACCUGCAGCAGAACGAUGAGGUGUGGGUGCGCCUUUUCAAGGGCGAGAGGGAGAACGCUGUCUUCAGCGACGACUAUGACACUUACAUCACCUUCAGCGGGUACCUGAUCAAAGCCAUGAACGAGGGCUAGCGUCUCUGCCACUUCAAUUGAGGUCGCUUGUGUUUUCAUUUAUUGCUCAUAAUGCUUUCAUAUUCGUUUUUUGUACUUCCUUCAUGACUGUUUAUAAGUCUUUAUAACUGUUUUCUUUAUGAUUGAUUGUAUUUUGCAUAAUCACUGCCAAGUAUAUUGCUGAGAGAGGUUUUCAUAUCUUUCCGGGAAAAAAAAACAGACCAAAAACUGGCUUGAAAUAAGCAUCAGUAUGCAAUUUGCCACUGGACUGGCUGCUUUAAUUCUGUAUCCAUUUCCCUUUGGAAUAAAUAGCAUUUUGAGCCAGUGCAAAUUACUGCUAAAAUAAACAGAUUAAUAAAGAUUGAUACUGGUAGUUUAAAAAAAUGAAGUCAACUUUAGCCAGUAGGCCAAUAUCGGACCUCUGAAGACAACACAUACCUUUUGUGCCAAACAAAAGCUUUAUAAAAUACACCUUAGGUUACUGGCAGGAAUCUGUUGCAGUCAUAAAAAUAUGACUGCAACAGAUUCCUGCCAGCUGCACAUUUUGUACAUACAGUACUGAAAUAACACAGAAAAAUGCUGGCAAGACAUGGCAAUAUUCAUAUAAAUCAUCCAUCAUACACCCAUCCUUCAAAUGGUCUCUUUUUUGGAUUUUCUUAAAAAAUUUAUUUAACCUAAUUUAAAUGCUUUUAUUUAUGCACGAAAUAAAUAAACAUUGCUUCACAAUUAAAAGAAGUCAAACAGGAAAGGUGCUUUUUUAUACCAAAAAAAUGCUUGUGAAAUAAAAUAUUAUUUAAGUUUUAGAAUAUCUGUUUUAAUUUCAGAACAGAUGUGUUGAAUCAAAGAAAGCAACAUACUUCAUAAGAAAAGUCUAAUGAUCAAUUGUUCUUCUUUUACAGAACACAAAAAAGGAUAAAAAUCCAUGUACAAAAAACUGGCAAAAUUUUUCUGCUGUCAACAGUUUCUCUCUCUCUCUCUCUUUCUCUCUCUCUCUCUCUCUCUCUCUCACACACACACACACACACACGCACGCACGUAUGCAUGCAUGCAUGCACGUGCACACACUCACACACACACACACACACACACAAUCUAUAUUCCUGAGGUUCAGACAAAGAUGGAGCUCUCCCCACUCGAUCCUGCGGUAUGUUUGUGUUUAGUAAACUGAUUAAGCUUAAUUUCCAGGGAAAGAGUCUUCACAUUGCAAGUGCUAAGUACAUUUACUGAAGAGAUCUCAAACCCAAAACCCAGAGGACUGCAGCUUCUGCUGGUUUAUGGUGUUACAGCCACAAAUCAUCGAUUGGCUCCAAUUCAUACUGAAGGCCUAAAUUGGCUACUGAUUCAAAGCAAACCAAAAACCUGCAGACACUGUGGCCCCCCAGCCCUGGAAUUUGAAAUCUCAGCUUUCGUGUUUUAAGGAAUAAUGACAUGGAUCUCCAUCUGCUGUGACUCCUGGUGCAUUAUGACUGGAAUGAUGUUCAUGACAUGGUGUUAGCUGAACCAAGUUUCGGAAAUAUGUGCAAUGGUCUUAAGAGGUACUAUUUUGUAUAGAAUGUUAUUUGAAUCCAAAUAUUUACCUUAAAACUGGUUUUAUAAAAGGUCGGUGCUUUUAAAAGAACUUGCACAAAAAUGGUUAUUGAUAUAAUGGUGCUAAUAAAUAAUAGGACCAACGAUAAUCAAUCUAUAGUUUUGUAACAAAUGUAUACAUGCAUAUCUGUAUGUAAAUUUUUCUUGAGUCACAAAGUAUCAAUGCAUCCACAUGGUGCGUAAGACAUUGCUACUACUUACUGUACAUGAAUGUGUUCACUAUCACUACAGAAAUCAACUGAACAAAUCGUAACACUAAAUACUAUACGCGUACACGAUAAUGCAUUACAAACAGCUCAUGGGAAUGAAUUAUCUGGGGUAAAAAUGUUUAAACUGAACAAUAACAAAGGCUCUUAAAUGUCAGCCUUGACAGCCUAGUUUUGUAUCAGUUCAAGACAAACUUUCCUUUCUGUUUUACUGUGCGGCAUUUAAAAAGUAAACUCCAGUUUCCUUUUUCCUGAUGGAUAUGUUUAGACGGGUUCAUCAAAGCCAAUCGGAUGAAUCUUUUCCAAAGCUAACUGUUGAUCUAAUAAGCCAGGGAUCUGCCUCAGCGGAAGGCCAGAGCUGUAUGUCAGAAAAAGAUUUUAUUGUCAACAGCUGUAAAUGUUUUUUUUGUUUUGUUUAAAAAAAUUAAAAAAAAAAAAACAUUCUUAUAAUACAUCAUUCUUUUCUGCUGGUCAGUCAAAUUGGGAGAAUCUUUUGAAUGACUUUGGAACCAUUCUAGAACAGUAUGUUAGCAGUCCAUAAUGAACGAGUAUGCUAAUGAACAAUAAUAAAUGGGUGAAUCAUGAA